GAAUAUUGCACAGUGUCACCGUCAUACGAAAAGGUAUAAGAGAUAAAGAUGGCAUCAUCAGAACAUAGCCAUGUACCAGCUGAAGUAAAAGCUGAGAUAAGCAAGUUAGAGUUACCUCCCUUGAUUCACAGAGAUUUUGUUGAGAUAAGCUCGGACACUGGUGACAUUGUUAGAGUCAUGCAAUGGAAUAUUCUCGCACAAGGUCUUUGUGGAGGUGCAGAUAAUUUUAUGAAGUGUCCAAAAGAGGCAUUAGAAUUUGAGUCAAGAAAGUUACGGGUAUUGGAAGAAAUAACAAGAUACUGUCCAACUGUGAUAUGUCUAGAGGAAGUGGAUUUCUACCCAUAUUUGUUUGAAUGUCUGUCUAAACUAGGCUAUGCUGGUGUCUAUAGUGAGAAGCCUGAUUCCCCUUGUUUAUAUCAAACAAAUAACAUAGGUCCUGAUGGUACAGCAAUAUUGUAUGACACCUCUAAACUAGUUCUUAGUCAGUCAGAUAGCAAAAUAUUGAAAGAGAAUGGAGAGCAGUCGAAUCAUGUUACUGUAAUUGCUCAGUUUCAAACGAAGACGAAGGAUCCGAAGAUAUUUUAUGUGGGGGCUACACACUUAAAGGCAAAGCGAGGGUAUGAGGAGAAACGAAAGCUACAAGGCCAGUACAUAUCAAAUUAUUUGCAAGAAAAUUGUAACGAUGCUCCAGUUAUUUACUGCGGAGAUUUUAAUGCCGAGGCUACUGAACCAGUCUAUUCUGUGAUGAAGUCUUGUUCUAUAGGGCUUAACAGCGCAUACACUUUAUUGAGUAAAAAUAACGAGGAACCAAAGUACACAACAUGGAAAAUUAGACCAAAGGGUGAAGAAUGUCAUACCAUUGAUUAUAUAUGGUAUAGUAAUAAAGGGUUAAAGGUCAAAUCUGUAUUGAAUAUAGCUGUGGAAGAAGAAAUUGGGAAAAAUCGCCUCCCUUCUUUGAAAUACCCGUCAGACCAUUUUGUCACUAGUGUGUGAUUUUCUGUUGUUAUAGGCUUUUAGUCCAAUACUGGCUCUAGCUUUAACUGUUUGCUCUGUGAUUAAUAUGUAAUUAUGUAUUAUUUGUAAUAAAAUCCACAAAUAUUGUUUAAUUAAUAUAACUGACUAUCAAAAUUAAGUAUAGAAAUUAUAAAUAGAUAAUCAUUGUUAAAGGUUCUGUCUUCCUAGAAAUUUUUACGGAUUCAAUAUUUCCUUUUUUCUUAUGUAGCUAGUUUUCACGGAGACAAUCUUUCGCACUGUCAAAGAAACACCAAAUUUUGCAAAUAUUUAAUGCCUGUGGUAAUGAACAUACAUAACUAUUAUUACAAUUAUUUUACUACAUGAAUGUCUGUUCUAGCUACAUGUAUAAUGCUGAGAUGAGUCUUCGACUUACGCUAUUCACAAAUGUUUUUUCAUAACACUUUAACAUUUUCAUUAAUUGCUAGUACUAUUAUAAUAAGAUGUCAAUAUGUAGUUUUUUUUAACCAG